UCAGUGGGAAUUGAAAGGGCUUUUAGCUUGCAUUUAUCCAAAAUUUUCAACCUUGUUCAUCCGUCUUUUUGUCUUUGAAUUUUAUGAUAAAACAAUAAACCGCCAUUUUCUUAAUUCUCUUCAAACAGAAAAUAAAAAAAAAAGGAAAAACCCCUUCACCCACAACAAUUCGAGGAGAAAUAAUUCAAUGAUUAUUGCUCCAAAUCACGUUCAGAUCUGAAGCAAUUCGCAUUGUUCUGAGAAUGAGUGGCGCUCGAUUGUGCUCUUUGUUGUUCGAAUUGGGUUACGAAGGAUACGAGUCACUUGACCCGGACAGCUGCGAAUGGCCCUUCCAAUACGACGACGUUCGGCCCGUCCUCGACUGGCUCUGCUCUAGCCUCCGCCCCUCUAACGUUCUCUCUUCCUCCGAAGUUUCACUGUACGAGCAAUUUUUAGAGGAAGGAAAGCUUUUGGAGGGGGAAGAUUUAGACUUUGCUUAUGAUAGCAUUUCAACCUUUUCUGCAAGGAGAGACAACCAGGAGGCAGUUUUUGGAACUGAAGAAGGAUUGAAAGAAAUACGUGAUGCUACUUUAGCUGCAAAAGCAGAAGCUUUGGAGUUGCAGAAACAGCUCCGGUCUCUGCAGCAUCAAAAUGAUCUGCUCACUGGGCAGGCUUCAGCAUUGAUUCAAGGAAGAAGGGCACGAGUUGCGGCCACAUCUACUGUAAAUGGUCAACUAACUUCCGUAGAUGAUACCCUUUCGGCAAGGAAUAUGGAGAUGAAUGCAGUUCUUGGACGGAUGGCCUCUACUGCUCAAGAAUUGUCUCAUUAUCAUUCAGGCGAUGGGGAACCGAUCUAUUUAACUUAUUCAGACUUCCAUUCCUACUUGCUCAUGGAUGCGUCUUGCAUGAAGGAGCUAAAUCAGUGGUUUGUCAAGCAACUAGACACGGGUCCCUAUAGGUUAGUGGCUGAGGAGGGAAAAUCCAAAUGUUCAUGGGUGAGUCUCAAUGAGACCUCGAAUGUCUUGGUACGAGAUUCAGAGAACUCGCAUCAUCAACGCCUUUCUGAAUUGCAGCGGCUUCGUUCCAUAUUUGGAACUAGUGAAAGGCAGUGGGUGGAAGCUCAAGUUGAAAAUGCUAAGCAGCAAGCUAUUCUUAUGACAUUUAAAGCUCAAGUGACUUCAGAUGAAGCUCACAUUCAUCUUGAUCUUCAUUCUCUUAGGAGAAAACAUGCUGAAUUUGCUGGAGAACUUUCUUCUUUAUAUCGCAAAGAAGAGAAGUUAUUAUCUGAGACCAUUCCUGAUCUCUGUUCGGAGCUGGCUCAGCUGCAAGACACAUACAUCUUGCAAGGGGACUAUGAUCUGAAAGUUAUGCGCCAAGAACUCUAUAUUACUCGGCAAAAAGUGUUCAUAAAUCAUUUAAUCAAUCAGCUGUCACGACAUCAAUUUUUGAAACUAGCAUGUCAAUUGGAAAAGAAGACCAUGCAUGGAGCCUACUCCUUGCUAAAAGUUAUCGAGUUAGAGCUGCAAGGAUACCUGUCAGCAACCAAAAGUAGAGUGGGCCAUUGUAUUGCAUUGGUUCAAGCUGCAUCUGAUGUACCUGAACAAGGAGCAGUGGAUGAUCGAGACACUUUUCUCCAUGGUGUUAGAGAUCUUUUGAGUAUAUACUCGAAUGCGCAAGUUGGUUUAUCAACGUAUGUAUCUGCACCGGGCAUUGUUCAGCAAUUAUCUAACCUUCAUUCCGACCUGAUGGCUCUGCAAUCUGACCUAGAACAUACCCUUCCAGGCGACAGAAAUAGAUGUCUUAAUGACCUGUGUACCCUUGUUCAAAAUUUGCAGCAAUUGUUAUUUGCAUCAUCAACAACUGCACAACCAAUACUGACACCAUGGACAUUGAUGAAGGAGCUGGAUGAAAUGGAAAAGGUCAAUGCAAAGCUCUCAACUGCAGUUGAGGACGUGACACUUGAGCAUUGCAAGAAGAAUGAGAUUGUAAAACAUCAUUCACAAGAGAUAACAUUCCAAAGGCGGGUCUUUGUUGAUUUUUUCUGCAAUCCAGAACGUUUGAGGAACCAAGUCAAGGAACUGACUUCAAGAGUCACAGCUUUGCAGACAUCAUAACAUGUACAGUUGUGUGUAUGAUAUGUAUUAUAUGUUAACUAAUCAAAUAUGCUGUUUGUUAGUUCCCAUGUUUGGUUGAUUAUGUUUUCCCUAUAAAUUGGAGGUUUUCUUCAGUGAUCUGUUCGUGUGUAUGGUUUGUCAAUGACGAUUUGCUUCAUGAAAACCUCUUUACAUUGGAGAAGUAUGUUGGAUUGGUUCUUAAAAUAUAAGAAACAAUUGGGUUACUAAUUUUAGAAUCUUAGCUUGUAUGGCUGGGUUCAAUAAA